CUAAAAAAAAUGUCAUCAAUCCAAACUACACUUCUCCAAAACCUCAAAACAAUCAAGAACAAAAUCAACCUUCCAAUCACAACCCCUUACAAGGAAAUUGUUGACAACAUCAUCUCCUCUGCCACUAAAACCACUAUUCUAUCAACACUCACAUCCAACACAAUCACAUCAAUUCUUUCAGACCCAUCAAUCAAAACAAGAAAAUGCUUAAAUUUAUUUAAAAUCAUCUCAAAAAACCAAUCUUUAAUACCCUUCAAGAUUGAAGUUGAACACUAUGUGACACUUAUAUGCAGGUCUAUUAAGUCCAGAAAGUUUGAAGAUGCUGAAAAGCUUCUAACUUUAUUGACAAAUGACCCAAAUUUGAAAUGCCCAUUUCAAGAUUUUGCUUAUUUAGCUGCAAAACACAAGCUUUUUCAGUCAAAAAUGCUGAAUUUGAUGCUGAAAGUUUGUGCUGAUUGUGGUGAGUUUGUUAAAGGAUUUGAGGUUUUUGAUUAUAUGAAAUGUAAUGGUGUUUUUAUUGAUGAAAAGACUUGUACUGUUUUCUUGAUUGCGUUGCUGAGGUGUGAAGAAUUGGGGUUAGGGUUGGCAUUUUUCGAUAAAAUGGUCGAGGCAGGUACCGAUGUUUCGGUUUAUAGUUUGACUGUUGUGGUGGAUGGUUUGUGUAAAAAUGGUGAGAUUAAAAGGGGUAGAGAGUUAGUUGAAGAAGCUUUGUGUAAGAAUAUUAGGCCUAAUGUGAUUACUUUUAAUACUUUAAUUGAUGCUUGUUGUAAAAGAUGGGACUUUGAUGAGUUGGUUUUCGUAUUAGCGUUGAUGGAGAAGGAAGGCGUGGAGCGUAAUCUGGAAAGUUAUAAGUUUCUGAUUGAUGGAUAUUUGAGUAGUGGGAGGGUUGGUGAUGCUGAAAGGAUGAUCAUGGAGAUGUAUGAUAAAGAUUUGAAUGUCGAGGUUUAUUUGUGGAAGUCGGUUAUUCUUAAGUAUUGUAAGUUAGGGAAAAUGGAGAAUGCGUUUCUAGUUUUUGAUAAAAUGAUCGAGAGAAACGUUGUGCCUAGUGCAGAAACGUUUCGGAUCUUGGUUAGUGGGAUUUGUGGGAUUGGGGAAAUGGAGGCAGCACAGGAGUUGGCUGAUAAGUUACAGAAGAAGGAUAUUGAAUUGGGUCAUGAUGUUUUCGAUGAUUUGAUUGAUGGGUGUUGUAAAAAGGGGAAGUUUAAUGAUGCUGUUAGACUGCUUUCGUCGAUGGAGGGUAAAGGAUUGUAUGGUGAUGUGCGCUUAUAUAACAUGGUUAUUGUUGGUUUGUGUGAAUCGGGUCGUGUUGAAGAAGCAACAAGACUUUUGAGCAUUGUUGUGAAAUGUGGCGUUGCGCUUGAAAAUUUUGUCACUCUAAUAAAUGAUCCAAAAUGAGAACAAACGACGACAAAGAAAGAAUUCCCACAAGGACAUGGAACGAUGGAAAUGACAGGCAUAUAGACCUGUAAGGAAAGGAGACCGUUUCCUUGUUUGAGGAGGAAUGCAAAGCAUAGAGCAUAAGGUGACCGAAGCCGAUCCUGCCAAAUACUGUUUUGCUGCUCCAGACUCUGAAAUCUUCUGCGACAGUGAGCCUAUCAAGAGGGAUGAAGAUGAAUGCUAGGAUGAGUUAGGCACCCUCAUUUUUUCAAAUCUAUUGGAGUCUUAUAGUUAUUUUCGCCCCAAGUACCUACCCUGGUUCAGGAAAGACAAUGAUAGGUAGGGUAGUUGGCUAAUGGAGCAGGAGCUUUCUUUUUCUGCGUAACUGCGUAUACGGACCAGAAAUGAUGUUAGCAUUCGCUGAAGAGUGAAAGCAAUCUUAUUGGGGGCUGAGUAGAACAUUCCUUCAAUUAUUUUCAUCAAUGAGACAGAUUCGAUAACUCUCAAGCAAGAGAAGACCAGUGGUGAUUUUGGUGCACAUGUUAGCGUAUUAGGGGCUGCAAAUCACCCAAAUGGCAUAGGUCCUCCUCUCAAAAGGUUUGGUCGGUUCAACAGGGAAAUCAACAUUGAUGUGCCAGUAAUUCGGUGUCAUAAGGUUUACCGCGUCCAUGCAGAACAUGAAGCUUACUGAGGGUGUAAGUCAACUUUUUUAGAAACAUGCCUUUUUAGUUUUAAUAAUGACCAUUUAGCUGAUCACUGACAACAAAUUGUAACUUUUCCAUGUUAAUUUGGAAUAGAUAUCUAAAUGAACACAUAGUUAUGCUGUGAUGAUCUUGAUGCUCACACUGAAGCUACACUUCUAUAGUUCUAUGCAUUAUAGAAAAAAAAAUGGGUGUUACUGUCUUGGAAGGUAAUCUAUUGAUGCUUUGAUACUGAUUUCCAUAGCAGUCUCGAGUGAACAAUUCUUGACUGCUCUAGGAACAAGCAAUUCAUCUCAAAAAGGAGGUUUAAUGAUGCUGUUAAACUGCUAUAGAUGAUGGAGAAUAAGUUAUUGUACGGCAUCAGUAUAAUAUGUUUAUUGAGUCGGUCGCGUUGAAGAAGCAACAAGACCUUUGAGGAUUGUUGUGAAAUGUGGUGUCAUCCUUGAAAAUUUCAUUAAUCUAAUCAGAGAUCCAAGAUAAAGAACAUGCUAGCCAUCUACAAGAAGUCUCCUUUUUUACAACAUGAAUAUGCUAGGUUAAACUUAUCAUUCCCAACUUCACACACACAAAGUCACUUAAGUUUCAGCUCAACAAAGACCACAAGCCAAGUCAAGGAUGAUCAAGAGAUAAAGUAACAGCGAUCCUUCUGAGGGUGGGACUAAGUGGCCCGUCCUUGCCUAAGCUAGAAAUGCUAUGAGACCGUCUUCUGACUUUCAAGCUUCCAGAGGACACGAGCCAAUUUUCUUUGAUGACACUUGGGUUGGUGUGCAGCGAAUCCAGGCUCUGCUCACUUUUGUCUCUCAAGAAACGGUCUAAAUUUCGACUGUACUUGUCUUCAUGGUCAUGUUGGGUAGUGGAUAGAAGAUUAUGCUUCAGAUUAAAUUCAUGAUCAGUGAAGUAACCAUUUUCUUGAAUAUCCUGCAUCGCAAGAUCGUCAUACUCCUCAUCUGAUUUGGUCGACUCCUCAUCAACUGAACCUUCCAUCUGCAUUAGCAUGAUGUCAUGAAAAGCUGAAACCAAAACUGGGGCCAAAAUCAAAAACUAUGGUCAUGUGAAAGUGUAAAUACCUCUUCGUGCAUAUGUUCAUUGGCAUCAUCGCUAAAAUCCUCAUCGCUGUCCACCUCAAGCUGAUCAUCUCCCUCUUCAUCACUUCCAUAUACCGACUGCUCCUCCUUCAACUGAAAGUUGCACAGCAACCAUCAAUUAUUUAAAGAUCACACAAUAUUGGUUUGCUGUGAUUCAUAAUGGAAAAUGAGAUUUACCUCUUUAGCAGGCCCAUCAGAGGCCUUAGGUGAACUACAACAUGAUGAAUAAUAUCUACUACCAUUAUCAGUAAGCUCGCCUCGAGAAUCGUCAACGCUACUAGCCCGACUGGUGCACCCAAGGUCGGUUGGCCAAGCACUGAUUCCAAAGUUACCAAAUUGCAGGUUAACUGGUUCAGCCUUUCCAAUCUGCACAGGUCCAUAAUCAGGAUGUCCUAUGAUCGGCUUCCCAUCAGCAUCUACAGAAUUUACGGGCCAUGCUUUUGCAACAGAUCCAUCAUCAUUUAGAAGAGCCAUUAAAUGUCUUGAAGAACCUUGUCUUUGGAUCAACUGAAACAUUCCCUUUGAGCUCAGUGAGUUAGCCACACACUGAUUUCUAUAUUCUUCAUCAAUUACAGAAACAGUGUUAGUGGUUGGAUCGUAAAGCUGCUCUCCAGCCUCACGUCUUCUUAAGCAGCUGAAAACCGUGGCAUGUAUUGCAGCAACACUCUUGUCAACAUUUGUAUUAUUUACUUUUGGCACCAGAUGUUUAUCUGCUCGAUUGCAAAGGUAUUCUUGGAUUGUUCUGAUGUUUCUUAUAUACUUUACAUAUUUGUUUUUGGAA